CGGACAGCCACAGCUCCGGCGGGCAGCGUCGACACGGCAGAGUGUUCGGUGACAGGGCGUUAUUUUUUUUUACAUGAUUAAAACACUAAACGAAGUGGGAGACUCACGCACGUCAAAGGAAACAUAUUUAAGACUCUCUGUCCGUGAUGGAAUCCUAUGACAUUUUAGCUAACCAGCCGGUUGUGAUUGAUAAUGGUUCAGGAGUCAUCAAGGCUGGUUUUGCUGGUGACCAGAUCCCUAAAUACUGCUUUCCUAACUAUGUUGGACGCCCCAAACAUGUGCGUGUCAUGGCUGGAGCCCUGGAGGGAGACCUCUUCAUCGGACCUAAAGCAGAGGAGCACAGAGGCUUGUUGUCGGUGCGCUACCCCAUGGAGCACGGGAUCGUGAAGGACUGGAACGACAUGGAGAGGAUCUGGCAGUACGUUUACUCCAAGGAGCAGCUGCAAACCUUCUCUGAGGAGCAUCCUGUGCUACUGACUGAGGCUCCUCUCAAUCCCAGCAAGAACAGGGAGAAGGCUGCAGAGAUUUUCUUUGAGACCUUCAACGUUCCAGCGCUCUUCAUCUCCAUGCAGGCUGUGUUGAGCUUGUACGCUACAGGCCGCACCACCGGUGUUGUGUUGGACUCCGGUGACGGCGUAACCCACGUCGUGCCCAUCUACGAGGGCUUCGCCAUUCCUCACUCCAUCAUGCGCGUGGACAUCGCUGGCAGGGACGUCUCGCGGUACCUCCGUCUGCUGCUGCGCAAGGAGGGCUACAACUUCAACACGUCGGCUGAGUUCGAGGUCGUUCGCACCAUCAAAGAGAGAGCCUGCUACCUGUCCCUCAACCCACAGAAGGACGAGACUUUAGAAACAGAGAAGGCUCAGUACGUCCUGCCAGAUGGAAGCACUUUAAAUAUUGGCCCCUCGAGGUUCCGCGCUCCAGAGCUGCUGUUCAGACCCGACCUGAUUGGAGACGAGAGCUCAGGGAUCCACGAGGUCCUGGCCUACGCCAUCCAGAAGUCUGACAUGGACCUGCGACGCACACUCUUCUCCACGAUUGUGUUGUGUGGAGGGUCGACACUGAUCAAAGGCUUUGGGGAAAGGCUACUAACUGAAGUCAAGAAACUUGCACCUAAAGACGUGAAGAUUAAGAUCUCUGCUCCACAAGAAAGGCUGUACUCCACAUGGAUCGGUGGCUCCAUCUUGGCUUCGUUGGACACCUUUAAAAAGAUGUGGGUGUCGAAGCGAGAAUAUGAAGAAGACAGAGCACGUGCCAUCCACAGGAAGACCUUCUAGGCUGGAGGGGGGCUGGUGCUGUGCUAAUGCCAACCUCCCCUCUCCCCCUCAGAACUGCCCUCAAACACCCCCCCUCCCCCAAUCAAACCACUGGAGAACUCCUCUGUGGGUACCUGUGCAUCAUCUUUUAUCAACCCAGCUUCUCAACACCUGUGGGCCUACUCCCCCUCCGCCUCCUCUUUCUCCUUCCAACCCCUAGAAACACACUUCCAUGUGCGCGCGGGGGCUCAUAUGGACCCCUGGGUCCUUCCUGCCGGUGAGCGUGGCAGCACCCUGCACACAUCCCAAACAUUCACAGAGAGGGUGACUGUUAGCACUGUGGACUCUUUCUGCUCUGGGUUCACGUUGAAGUAUUGGUGUUGCUCUCUUGCCUCUGCAGCCCCUGUGAGGUGUAGAAUAUCAUCAAAUGUCGAAAAAAAAAAAUACCUGAAUGUUUUCUUUUUGUUUGUUUGCUACUGUUAAAAUGUCCAUUCCAAACCGAAGAGCUUGAUUUUUAUUUCAUUUUUAUUUUCUAUUUUGUAGAAUUACCUUCCUGACAAUUAGCUCUUACACAACAAAGGUUUGAAGUUCUACAAUUAUUCUAUAGAGUGCUAGUAAGGUGAAGCUCACCAGUGUAUUAUAGAUGAAAACUGCAGAUAUAUCUUACAAUGCAACAUCAACGCGGUUAAUUUAUCAUCCAAAAGACUGAUGUCCUCUUAUCUUUAUAUAAUUCUGUGUUUCUGUGUGGAUGUAACAUCACAUACUUAUGUCAAAAAGCUUUUUAUCAAAGCUUGAUAGAUUAAAAACAUGGACAAUGCCUUGAUUAUUUAUUUUGUUGUAUUUAAAAAAAAUCCUCCAGAUUUCACAUUUAUUGAGAGAAAUUAAGCUUCUUUUUUCAUUAUUUUAUUUUGCAGCCCACCAGUCUUGUACCUGACUCUCUGCUUUUCUUGCUCGCUACAUCUUCUGUCCAGCUUUUAUAAAGUAGAGGUUUAUGUUUUAAUAAACAGGAAGUUUGUUUAUUCAUAAAGCCAAUGCAUUCAGAUGUAGUCAGAAUAAUUAAGGGGGGAAAACGAUUUCUAACUUUCCCUGAAAGAUUCAAACAAAGUCGUAGCACAUCUUCCAGCUGCAGAGAUGAAAUCCCCUUUUUUAAUUCAGGCAGGAACAAAAACGGUUGCUGAGAAGAAAAACAUGAUUGAGGAUUUGUCUUUAUUCUCCCUUUCCAGUAAAAUCCAGAUUUUACCAUUUCCUUUCAUUUUGGCAGUGAAGGGGUCGUCCACACCUGUGUUCGCCUUAUUUCUUUUGGAGUGUCCACAUCGUCUGCUUUUGGGUGUUUUUAAAAAAGAUGAAAUGGGUAAAAAAACAACGAAAAGGGUUGUAAAGUUUCAGCCUUGUGAAAAGAGAAACGCUUUUCAAACUCAACCAACCACAACAACCAUAGGAUAACAGACUAAAUAUGUACAGUACUGUUUAUUCAAGUGUUUACUUUGACUUUUCGUAAAUUCAGUAUAAUAAAUAAGUUAAUGGCUGCUG